AUGAACGUGUGCAGCAUCAUCUGGGGCUUCUCCAUCUGCUGUGCAGUCUUCAGCGCGACGAAAGCCGCGCGGCAAUCGUGGCUCGCGAAUAAAAGGAACAAGCUGUUUACGCCGUACCCCAUGAUGAUAUGGGCUGAAUGGGGCUCCAGUGUGAUCAUAUCUUUCUUGAGUUGGUUCUUCCUGAAGGGCAUAUUAGAACCAAGCUUUUGGUUAUUCUUCUUCAUCUUGGUUUUUUGGUGUAUACAGAUGCAUUGCAUCCUUCAGAUCAUCAUCAACCGUGUUUCUUUGAUCAUGGUUAACCAGGCCCGUGCAAAGCGGCUCAGACUUGCCGUGUUUAUAAUUGUGGUCCUGAUCAACAUCAGCGUUUUCUUGAUCUGGAUACCUGCGCGCCUGCAAAUAAGCCGUACCUAUGUACACAUCAACGAGGUUUGGGAUCGUACGGAAAAAGCCAUCUUCGCCGUUGUUGAUGCCGGCCUGAACUGCUUCUUCAUGUGGAGCGUCCGGACAAAACUCAUCGCCGCCGGGCUGACGAAAUACAAAUCCCUAUUCCGGUUUAACAUGAUGAUGGUUUGCAUUUCAUUGUCCCUGGAUAUAAUUUUGAUCGGCUCAAUGUCGAUUGGGACGGGUGUUAUCUAUAUCCAAUUCCAUCCACUCGUGUAUUUGUUGAAGCUACAUAUCGAGCUCAACCUGGCUGAGCUGAUUGCCAAGGUCGUUCGGGCUUCCAAUCCACUCAACACAUCUCAAGAUGCCGGCGGAACUCUGGCUGCCUGUGGGCAAGGACGUCACGGGCUCUCACGGCAUCCUACAAACCUUUCCGGCACCACAGAACGUGGUUCGCGCGUGCCCUCGGCUCUUGUCAACCAUAAAUUCGAUCUCGCAGAGCAGGGAUUUAGCCACGUGAACCGAGAGGUCAACCACCCUCCGGUCCGCCCUGAUAUUGUGCACGAAAAGUCCGGCGAUACGACGCUGCAGGACAUCGAUGGCGAAAGAAGCGAAGCGGAUUCGACACAGGAGCUACGCAGAAAGCAUUCCAUUCCGUGA